AUGAUGAGAGGAAACUUAACCUCAGUGACUGAGUUCAUUCUCCUGGGACUGACCAACCGCCUGGAAUUGCAGAUUCUCUUCUUUGUGUUGUUUCUGGCCAUUUACACUGUCACAGUGGCAGGGAAUUUUGGCAUGAUCCUACUCGUCCGGGUCAACGUCCGGCUUCACACGCCCAUGUACUUCUUCCUGAGUCACUUAUCCUUUGUGGAUCUGUGUUUCUCUUCCAAUGUGACGCCAAAGAUGCUGGAAAUUUUUCUUUCAGAGAAGAAAACCAUUUCUUAUCCUGCUUGCCUGGUACAAUGUUACCUUUUUAUUGCCUUGGUCCACGUCGAGAUCUAUAUCCUGGCUGUGAUGGCCUUUGAUCGGUACAUGGCCAUCUGCAGCCCUCUGCUUUAUGGCAGCAAAAUGUCCAAGAGUGUGUGCACAUCCCUUGUUCUGGUGCCUUAUGUGUAUGGAGCACUCUCCGGCCUCAUGGAGACCCUGUGGACCUACCACCUGACCUUCUGUGGCCCCAAUGAAAUCGAUCACUUCUAUUGUGCUGACCCCCCACUGAUUAAGCUGUCCUGUUCUGACACCUACAACAAAGAAACAUCAAUAUUUAAGGAUAUGCUCAAUUUUACUGACGUAACAGAAUUUAUCCUUUUCGGAUUAACUAGUCGUCCUGAAUUACAACUCCUUUUCUUUGUGGUUUUCCUGCUGGUCUACAUUAUCACAUUGCUUGGCAACAUUGGAAUGAUAAUAUUAGUCAGGAUUAGUCCUCAGCUCAACAGUCCCAUGUACUUUUUCCUCAGUCACCUAUCUUUUGCAGAUGUGUGGUUCUCCUCUAAUGUCACCCCUAAAAUGCUGGAAAAUUUGGUAUCUGAGACCAAAACCAUUUCCUAUGCCGGCUGCAUAGUGCAGUGCUUCUUCUUCAUUGCCUUUGUCCACGUGGAAGUCUUCAUCCUGGCCGUCAUGGCCUUUGAUAGGUACAUGGCCAUUGGCAACCCCCUACUGUAUGGCAGCAGGAUGUCAAGAACCAUCUGUAUCCAGCUGAUCUCUUUCCCUUAUGCAUAUGGCUUCUUUAUAAGUCUGAUCUCAACACUGUGGACCCAUGGUUUGUACUUCUGUGGAAACAUUGAGAUCAAUCACUUCUAUUGUGCAGAUCCAGCUCUCAUCAAAAUGGCCUGCGCGGGGACCUUCAUUAAAGAAUACACCAUGCGCACAUUAGCAGGUCUCAAUUUCUCUUACUCCUUGCUGGUCAUUGUUGUCUCUUACAUUUUUAUCCUCAUUGCCAUCCUGAGAAUGCGUUCUGCCGAAGGAAGAAAGAAAGUCUUUUCCACCUGUGGCUCCCAUUUGACAGCUGUCAUCAUAUUUUAUGGAACUCUCUUCUUCAUGUAUCUCAGAAGCCCAACGGAGGAGUCUGUGGAACAGGGAAAGAUGGUGGCUGUUUUUUACACCACAGUAAUUCCUAUGUUGAAUCCUAUGAUCUACAGUCUCAGGAACAAGGAUGUGAAGGAGGCCAUGAACAAGGCCAUCAGUAGAGCAUUUUUGACUAAAUAA